CGCAAAACCCUCACUUGGUCGAAGUGUAAAACGCGUUUGCAAGUCAUGAUUAUACACGGCUAGAGUUGCUCUUAGUUGGGCCGGGCAGGUCAAACUAUUUUUUCAGUGGGCCUGCUGUCAGAUAUUUCGCUCCUCGAGUUUUUCUGACGAGUACUCUUGUGUGGAGUGUGUGGUUGACCGGCGCCGUCGCCGCCGUCCACAAAUGACACGGCACCGUUGCCGUGUGCCGUGACACGAGCCUCGCUUUCUUUCUAUGGCGGUGGCGGCCUCUCACUCCGUCUCCGCCAUGGACGUCCUGGCGCCGCCGUCCCGUGCGCCCGUCGGCUCGCCCGCCGCGGCGGCCGCCUCUGCUCGCCCAUAUGUUCUCCACCGUUUCAACCGCGGGAACAUCCGCCGCCGAGGCGCCGGCCUACGCUGCCGCCGGCGCCUUCUCAGUGCGCGGGGAGAGCGCCCGGCUCCUGAUGACGAUGAGAACGGCGAGGAGGUGGCUGGGUUCGACGCAGCGGUGGAGCUAUUCAACGGCGGGGAGUACCACGCGUGCCACGACGUGGUAGAGGAGCUCUGGUACAGCGCCGAGGACCCCGCUCGGACGCUCCUCCACGGUGUCCUCCAGUGCGCCGUAGGCUUCCACCACCUCUUCAACCAGAACCACCGCGGCGCCAUGAUGGAGCUCGGGGAAGGCCUCUGCAAGCUCCGCCGCCUGCGCCUCGAGGACUACGACGACCAAGGGCCCUUCUCUCGAUUCCGGGACGAGGUCGCCGCCGUGCUCAGCUUCCUCUACCGCACCCAGAAGGAGCUCGCGGCAUGUAACGACGAGUUGUGCUUGGCCAUGGAUGGCUCCGCGACUUCGUAUCAGCUGCUCGGUGACUUCGCUGCCGGGCAGCGGUUGUACAGGCAGGGGGUCGACGCGGAGGGCGUCCCAAGCAUCCUCUUCUCCGGCCGCGCAUCCGGCGACCACCUCGCUCCUCCGUGCACGGUGAAACUUCCGUCGCUACAUGCCACGGAGCAGCAUCUCGCGGCGCUCCAGCGCGCGCACGAGUACUCGUAGUUAGGCACAGAUGCAACAAUAGUCAAUUACGCCGCUGGUAUCACAACUUCAAAAAAGUCAGUUUAAUACUAAAACUAAUGACAUAUACGGAGUAUUAAACUGUCACAACUUGACUUAGACAUACAUAUAUGAUCAGUAUAAAUUAUGUUUCUAUACUAAUAACAUGUUGAUUAGGCAUGGCAGCUUGACACGUGGUCGUUGUUAGCAGUGGCGGCGUCAAGAAAUGAAGGCUAGGUAUUCAUCUAAUUUUUUUUUUCCUCUAAGUGUAGAAUAUGAAUCAAACAACAUACAAUUAACAAUAUAUGAACAAAACAACACUAGUAUAACGGCAAUUGUAAUAUUUUAAUGUAUUCGACCAUAACAAUAUGAAUACAUAAGUACCUUUUGAUUGAUAAAGUGAUGAUAUUCCUUUUACAAUAUAACUCUGCGGUCGUCUUUUUGGAAGAGAUUGAUAACAUCUUCAUCCUUUACUUGACUGAAAAAUUCUCUCUCAACAAAAAUGACGCUCUUUUUCACUUUUAUUUUCUAAACUUGAACUUAUGCUUCUUUGGUUGACAUGAGCCCAUCUCAACAUAUCUCCUUCUUAUUUUAUAUUGGUCAUUGACAACAUACACUGAGAUGGAAAUCCGCUUUCCAGGAUCAUGUUCGAGUGCCUCCAAAUCUGCUCGCAUCGGUUCACCAUCUUCAUCAAUAGUAUCAUCAUCUUCUAUAUUAGGUGUUAAAGUUUCUCCUCUAUUUUCCGGUUCUUGCCAUAACACCAAUUAAAAAUUGCUCUCAAAAUGAACAGGAGAAAUACAAGUACUAGAUGCAGCCAUUGUCUGAAUCGGUAUGGAUAUUUUCAUCGAUUUUCCUUGCCUUUCAAGCCUUUUCCCACAUUGCAAAUAUGGUACUGCUCUUCAGUCUCUUUUUCAUCUACGUUAGGAAAACAAGGCUGCAUCUGUUAAAUAGAUAAAAUGAACUUGCAUCUAGUAAAUUAACCAGACUACUCGCUAACUCGCACCUUCUACGUGGCAUGGGGGCGAAGAGGAGGGGAAGACUGAGGGGCGGGCGCUAUUGCGGUUAGCGCGGGGGGCGGCCGCCGUUGCGGCCAACGCAGCUGCUACUCCCUCCGACUCCAACCAGCAGGGCGGCUGCGAGGCAGGCAGCGGGGGCAGGGGGGCGCUGCGGUCAGCGCGGUUGCUACUCCCUCCGACUCCGACCAACGGGGCGGCUCCUAGGUGGGGCGGGGCGGCUGCGAGGCAGGCAGCGGGGGCGGGGCCGGGGCCGGGGCGCCGCCGCCAGCGCCAAGGUCGUGGCGAGAAUGGGGACGGCGACAGGCGGACGGGGGCCGGCGGGUGCGGCGCGGUGGGACGAUGGGGACGUGGCACUGGGGUAGUCGAUGGAUGGUACGGGGGAAGGGAAUUGCCCGCUGUGCGGGCAUGCGGGUUUUAGGUGUUAAGAAUAGAUUAGUUGCUUAUUAAUUAAGCUGAUUAGGAUUAAGUUAAUUCUUAGAUAGGUUACUUAGUCCUCAAGCAACGAUGCACUUCCUUGACUCUCAAGAAAACUAUGUAAUAACUUGACCCUUAAGUAACUUCAAGUUACUUGACUCUCAAGCAACAUGUGUACUUUCGUCCGGAUAUAAAUACUCCAUUGCUAUCAUCAAUAAAGACUAAUGAAUCAUCUUUCAUUCA